AUGGCUGCAAAAUUCAUUGAAAAAGAUAGUCAAAAAGACGAUGCUGCUAAUUCAAUGAGCGACUUAGCCUUUGGAUCAACUGCGAAUAAGUUUGAAACAGCCGAAGAAGAUGAAGAAUAUUGGUUCAAUGAAGAUGAUGAAAAAAAGCUCGAUGAAAUGGCUACUUGCCAUGCAGAAAUGAUGGCUCUACCUGAGCAUCUUCGAGUUGAAUGGAAAACCCUUGAAGGUGGUGUUGAGACAGACAUAUCAUCUUUGGAUGAAUCUGUCAAUAAGUCCAUACAGGAAAAUAAGGAUCCAACCAAAAAUUCAUCGGUCGACGAUAAAGCUGAAGAUGAUUCAGAAAAUAAAGAACAAAAAUCCAAUAAUGUGUAA